AUGAGGCGGCUGAGGGGCGAGCAGCCAAGUCACGAGGAAGUCUCCACACACGGUGUGCACGUCUGGGCCGGACAAGCCCAGGAGCAUCUCUCGCAUAAGUGGAAGGAGUGCGAUGCGCGAAUGUACGAUGAGAUUGCCCGUCGUGAGCUGAGGAGGAGGAGGAGGAGCGCCGCGGCAAGCUCCACGGACAAGCAAGAGGCGCUGGUCGAAAGGCAGCCAGCCCCAGAGUCCCCAGGGAUGCCUCCGGAAGAGUCCGAGCCCGCGGAUGCGACCUCAGGCGCGACGGCCAAGGCAAGUCAGCCCGAUGCCGAGCCGAAGCAAAACCUGCCAGAGACCGUGGGACCGCGGAUACUGGACGACCUGGCCUUGCAGUCCAGAGGAGAAGGCGAAGAUGCAGAUCCCGCGCUGCGGCCCAGACUCCAGUGCUGGGACUUCCCCGGCCAGCAGGCCUACGUCCUCUGCAACCUGCUCUACUUCCACGGCCGCGGCAUCUACGUGGUCUUCUGCGACACGAGCUGUGGCUUGGAGGAGGCGUGGCAGGAUCUAAAGUUCUGGUUGUGGGCGGUGGCCCAGUAUGCGGUGGACGCUGACGAUGGCUACGGUGGCUUGGCCUCAAGAUCCUCGCAGAGCUCUGAGUCGGCCCCCCCAGUCGUGAUCGUCGGCACCAAGUGGGCCAGUCGGCAUCCAGACUUCGACGAAGAGAAGAUGGAGGAGCGCAUCGACCUCUUGCUUCAACAGCUGCCCCGCCUGAGCCGCCAACUUCAGCGAGUCGGGGACAACCUGGGAUGGCUGCAUCCGGUGGAGAACUUCUCCGAGAAUGCAGAAGCAGACAUCGGGCCCUUGCGAAGCAGUCUCCAGCGGCUCGCGAGCGAAGUCCUCUCGCCCAUUCCAGAAUGGGAAAGAACGGCGCCGGCAGGUUCUGCCACGCCACCGCAUGUCGGACUGCAGGCAGAGCUACAUCCAGCAGCGUGGUUGCUUGCGCACGACCUGCUUUCCGAGCUGGGCGAGUCCUUCGAUCUCAAGGUCGACCCGAAUGACCUUGACGCCAGCCUUUCGCAUCCGCGCCAAGUCGGCGUAGAGGGGUCGGCCGUGCUGUCACAGGACCUGCAAGGGACCCAUGCUGUGCUCGGGCACCGCUUCGUGGCCCCGGAGUCCGCCCAUGUGAGCUGGAAGAGCGGGCAUGAUGAUGAUGAUGAUGAUGAUGAUGAUGAUGAUGAUGAUGAUGAUUAUUAUGAUGAUUUUGAUGAUGGGGGGAUGAUUGUUGUUCGGGUGCAGUGCCACUCGCUGCGACUCGAGCAAGUCGAAGCGUUACUUGGUGGCAUGAGGCCAGUCGGCAUUUCCAAAGAGGAGGUGCCCGGGGUGCUGCGCCUUCUACACUCCUUGGGGACGCUGUUCUGGUUCGACACAGAUGAGUUGGGGAGAUGCGUGGUGUUGAACAUCAGGAGGGUGGCAGUGGCGCUCUCCUCCAUCAUGAGCUUGCGAUUCUGGGAAGAGAGUGGCCUCGAACACGCGGAGGAGUACAAGAACACGAUCGAUGACGUCAGCAGGAGCAUGACCCAGGCGGUGUAUCGCUUCAAGACAAGCGGCAUCAUCACUUGGGAUCUCCUCAAGAGGCUGUGGGCCAGGGAAGGCAUCACCGAUCUGGAGAGGAAGGUCAUGCUGGAGAUCAUGGUGUCGCGAGGCCUCGUUCUGAGAAGGCUUGUCCAAGACGAGUUUACGGUGCCGUGCUGUUUGCCUACGGCCUUGAUUCCGGAACCUCGCGCUGCCGAGAGCAAGAUCGUCUAUCUUGAUGUCGCUGGCUUCAUCUCGUCGAACCUCUUCCCCGAGAUUGCUGGACGGCUCUGCAGGCUGAGAGCUGCGGCUGCUUGCAAUCGAAACAGCUCAGAAGGGCAGACUACAUUGAGGCCCGGGGCACCCCAAAUCUUCCGGAACCGCAUGGAGUUCCGCACAGACAAGGAUGCCUUGGUCAGCAUCUCGCUCUUUCCGACCACCCCCCGCAUGCAGCACAAGCUCCUCCGUCUGGCGGUCACGCAGGCAGGCGCCCGUUCAGCCGAGGAGCUCCAGGCGGACAUUACAGUCCGGGACAUUGUCGAGGACCUUUGCAGAGCCAUGGGCCUGAGCAGCAAGUCGGUGCACGUGCUCGGCACCGAGGCCCUGACGCAGCACCCCGUAUUUCGAGGCGUCGAUUGCGCGCGCAUCAAGGACAUCGAGGGCUUCGUCAGACGCACGCCUUGCCUCCAAGCCGACUGCAACGCCACCUGCGCCCUUUGCAAGCUGGCCGAGUUGCUGGAAGAGCGCUUCGACGGCGACUUCAGUCAAGGCCUGCGGGACGCCAUCGAUCGCUCCUCCCUUCAGAGGCUGACACGUCCUGCUGGCAGCUUCCGGUUCCAGCAGGUGCUCCACCCCUGCGAUGUGGACCUUGAGGAGUAUGUCGUGGUAAGCACGGUAAGCAUGCAGGCUACGGAUCUGAGGGAGGCGGAGGAGACACCGAAGGGAGCCGCGGGAGCCGCCAUCAGAGAAUUGAUGCAGCUGCUCCAAAAGCUCUGCAAAGGAGCUUCCACAGCCAGCUCUGAGACGACUCUGCAUGUGGUUGCGCUAAAGGCUGGCAAGAACCCUGAGAAGCCAGAAGAGUCUCUGAGCUGGUCCGUGAACGAAGUGAUGGCGGGAAAGAAGAAGUGCCUGCAGAGUGCGGAGCCAGUGAAGCUGGAGGAUGCUUUGCAGCAGCAGGGGGGACGGACGGCCAAGAUCGACUUUUACGUCAAGUGCGGGCUUCUCGAGAGGAGCAUGGAAGACGCGCCGCGCUUCUAUGAGCUCACGAACGUGAUCCGCUGCGGCUACGAUCCCGGCAACAGCUUGGUCCACCCGGUGACUCCCGAGGUUGACUUCCUUCAUGUGGUGGAGAAGGGCAUGCGUGAGUACUCGGGCCCGCAUCCCAAAGCCAUGAAGCUCGCGAAACGCCUGUGGGAGCACAGCGCGUACUUGGCCCAGCGGUCCAUCGACGUCGAGAAGCAUUUGGCUGUGCUCCAGGCCCUGAAGCCGAUCUUCGGAGGAUGGCCGGCCCAGCUGGCGCAAAUCGCCGCGCAUGCGGAGACACUUCGGGACAUGCUGUCGAGGACAAGCUUGCACAGAGAAGCGCUGAGCGACGUUCCAUGUCUGAGUGAAAGCUUGAGAAGGCUCCAGGUGCAGCUCAAGCUGGAAGGGCCCGGGCGGGAGGCGGCAAUGGAUGGUAGCGCAUGCAUCGAGGAUGUCCUGACGAGACUUCAGCGGAUCCAGGAGGGUUCACAGGAUGUCACGAGCUUGCCGGCGAGCGCGUGGGAAGCUGUAUUGAAGCAAGUCCAGGAUGUGCUGGAGGGCUGCGUGGAGCUUGCAGUGGUCAACUGGUUCGGCAGCUCGCAGAACUUCAAGCACCCCAUCGUCGAGCCCCUCCGCGCGCUGUGGGACUUUCCCUCAGACCAUCCGCCCGUCGGGGCUCAGGUGGCCAUGAAGAUGAAAGCCAGAAGUGGUCAGGAGUUGCCGCGCAAGAGCCUCAGCGUGUGCUCCUGGAACGUCCUAAACAGGCACUACAUGAAGUUCAUCGAGGAAGACUUGCAGGGUCUCAAGGGCUCCCGCUUGCAGCAGAUAAGUGCCGAGCAGAGGGCACAGGAGAUCGUGGACGCCGUCAUGGAGAUGCUGUGCCACGAGUCGCAUCCGAAAGCCGUCCUCUGCCUCCAGGAGUGCUGGUCCGAGCUGCUCGACCUGCUGGAGAAGGAGCUGCUUGCGGUGGGCUUUGACAUGCAAUGCACAAGUGCAGACAGGAGCCAGAAGAACCAGGAGGCAAUCAUCUUUGAUAAGAGUUUGCUCGAGCUCCGUGACUACCGGUGCUGCCCGUACGCGUCGGACCCGAAGAAGGUUGUUGCCGUGGCUCUUUUUCGCUGGCUGGGAGAAGCGGGCGAUGAUGGCCAGUUCCGGGUCAUCACCACGCACCUCCCGGGCCGGCCCUACGGGCCCGCGCGGCGGGAGUUCUGCGACUGCCUCGCCGGCCUCGUCAAAGAGGAUUGCGGCUCCGUCCCCACGCUGUUGGCCGGCGACCUGAACUUCCCUGAGGAGGCGAUUGGCCCGCUGCUCCGACGAACAGGCCAGCUGACGGAGGUGCACUUUGCAGCGAUCCCGUACCCGACCAACAUCUGCGACGCGUCGUGGCUCCCGAAGAGGAUCGACAACAUCGCGUCUCUGUCGCCAGCUGGCCUCUUGGAGGUCAGAGCACUAGAAGCCGACGAAGUCCUCUCUGGCCUGCAGCGGGUCGUGGAUCUUCUGCGCUAUAGGUGCCUGGGCCUCGAUUUGCCUCCAGGCCCAGGGACACCAGGCCCCGCGGCCAAGCUUCGGGGCUCCCGCGUCGCCCACCGCAUUCAGGUCAUCGCGGGGCGCGCAAAGAUUCGGCAACAAGCGGAGGAGCUCGCGGCUGCCAAGGCCGAGAUCGCGCGCCUGAAGAUGGGCGGAGCCGAGGCUGGCGACGUGCGCGUGGCCCCCGUCGGGAGUGGCGACCUUUGCGCGAAAUGCAGCUGCCAGACGACUCGGGAUGAAGAGGUGGGGAUGGGCGAGCGAACAGCUAGCACCAGGAGACUCUGA